CCCAUCUGUCACCUGUGGCUUUGAUUCGAGCCUCAAUUAAAGAGGAAAGGCUUGAGCUUGGUGCAGGAUUUCACUGGGGGUGCAUGGGGAGGGGGCCGUGGCAGCAUGUCCCUGCUCGGCUCCCCAGGGAAGGAACAUGGGCGGGCUCACACCACAGGGCAGUGCUGCAGGGGCAGCCCAGAAUUGUGGUUCCCACGGACUCUUGGGCGGACGCCAGUGCUGAGCUCAGAGUUUCCGUGCAGAGCAGCUCGUUCACAUGCUGGAGAGUGAGGGAGCAUGGCCCUGGCCCCAAGGGUCCUGCUCCAGGGCAGGGCUGUGGGACCACAGGGAUUCUAGAAAGCCACCACUGCUUGCCCUACACUGGGACCCACAUCUCCCACCCAGAGGACCUGGCUAUAAAGUGGAAGAGCAGGAGCAGCCCCCUCCCUACAGGGUAAAGGUGACACUUGUCUCUGUGUCUCUCUGAAGAGGCUGUGUCAGCUCCCUGGGCAUCACAGAUCCCUGGGGACCAGCUGGGGUGGAGCACAGCGGGGGAGAUGAGGCGGGGUACAGUCCCCAGCCAAGGUGGGUGGGAUCACUGGAACGACACAGCUCAGAGCUGGUCACAUACCACAGCACUGCAGCCACCGAGCCUCCCGGAGAGCCAGCAACCACCGAGGGCAUCCUGACCCUGCCAUUUUCACGGGGUGUAAUGGCACCGGACAGAAGGGAUGCGUGCCGUGGGCGGGGGGCAGUGGGAGCGUGUGCCACAGCCCAGGCCGCCCUCUGCAAGGCCACGGCCGGACACCGGCAGCUGGUGCUGCAGCUCGGGGGGAGCGCUGACAGCCCUCGGCUGCGUGACGAGCGCCGCAGGAGGAGCGCAGAGGCUCGUGAGCUCAGCAUGGGUAAGGAGGGAGCUGCUGGACCGGGCAGCAGCCCCGGGGAGCCUCUGCAGCCGCACUGGGGCCAAGGAGGGGCUCAGCAUGCCUGUCCCGCAGGGCUGCGGCGGGUGCUGCUGGCGGGGCUGCGGCGGAGCCCGGCGAGCGCGCGGGAGCGGCAGGAGCUGGAGCGGCUGUGGGUGCUCUUCCUCUCCGGCCUGGAGCUCUUCCUGCAGGACCUGUGCAGAGCCCAGCACCUCUGCCAGCUCUUCUCCAUGCAAGGGGGUGAUAUUGCCCCACUGCACACUGGGCUGAGGGGCUGGGGGCUGCCCAGCCGGCGAGGAGGGGGGCCCACACAGCCCCCGACCACCCAGUGCUUAGAGGAGGAGAUCGAGCAUGUGAGGGUGACGUUGGCAGAGAUGGAGAGCGGAGCCAACAUUCCACCAUGGACAGUGGAAGCCACAGAGACCACACAGCCAUCAGAGACAAGCGGCACUACAGAGAUUGCGGCCUGGGGAGGCCCCUGUGCUGGGCUCUGCUGUGGGGUGCUGUGAGCUAGGGGGGCAGGAGAUAGCAGCAGAGGUGGCACCCUGGUCACAGAGCAGGGGACAGAGGCCCUAUUUACCCCUACCCUCAACCCUUGUCUUUGCAGCUGAUGGAGUGGGCUGCUCCCACCCUGCAGAGGGAAUAGGUCCACUCCAGCCUCCCAAAU